UCUCUGUAAAUUGUAAACUAGCAGGAGCCAGGAGGGUUUAAGCACACAGCCAUGGAAGAAGAAGAACCCGAACCCAUCCAAAACCUCUGGCACGAAGUUCGUGAUCUAACCCUAGGCACCUCAAUCCAAAUCAACCACCUCUCUUCCCCACCCACCCCUCUCCAAUUCCUCCGUGAAUACGUUUCCCUCAACAAGCCUUGCCUCAUUUCCAACGCCGUAAACCACUGGCCAGCCACCACUCUAUGGCAAUCAAAUCUUUAUCUACUCAAUACCCUCUCUUCUUCCACUGUUUCCCUUCAUCUUACUCCUACAGGCCGUGCUGAUGCACUUUCCCCAAACCCCAUUUCCCCUUCUUCACUAUGCUUCGCUUCUGCUGAAGUGAAGCAUCUUCCUUUUCCUGAUGCGUUAACCCGGGUCUUGAAAUCGGAAAUGGGUUGUGUGGGUUAUCUGCAGCAGCAGAAUGAUUGUUUUCGGAGUGAGUAUGGGGCGUUGAGUCAAGAUUGUGAUUCUGAUUUUGCUUGGGCUACUGAGGCUUUUGGGUGUUUACCUGAAGCUGUGAAUCUUUGGAUUGGGAAUGAGUUGUCUGAGACUUCAUUUCAUAAGGAUCAUUAUGAGAAUAUCUAUGCUGUUGUUUCCGGGGAGAAGCAUUUUUUGCUUCUUCCUCCUACUGAUGUUCACAGGAUGUAUAUUCGUGAGUAUCCUGCUGCCGAGUACCACUAUUCACAGGAUACUGGGGAGUUCUCUUUGGAACUGGAGGAACCAGUGAGGAAUGUCCCAUGGUGCAGUGUUAAUCCAUACCCUUCACCUGAGUUGAAAGAGAAAGAAAUGACCAAGUUUCCCUUAUAUUUCAAUGGACCAAGACCAUUUGAAGUUACAGUCAAGGCAGGCGAGAUUCUUUACUUGCCAAGCAUGUGGUUUCACCAUGUUAAGCAGAGCCCUGACAGCAGAGGACUCACCAUCGCUGUGAACUACUGGUAUGACAUGAGAUUUGAUAUCAAAUAUGCUUACUUCAACUUCUUGCAAUCAUUGCCUCAUUCCAUGCUGUGUAAUCCCGCGUCGUCUGGAAAAUUAGGCAUGGAGUCGCAAUGUAAUUCAUCUAUAUGCAACUCUGAAGAGGAAUCCAGCAUGGGCGACAUCACUGCUUCUGCAAAUGAUAAUUUGUUACAUGAUCCUGAUGACACUGCAGAAAAAAUAAGUAUGACUCGUGGUUAGGAGCCCAAUGGUGAGGAGAAGCAAAGGAAAUUGACUUCACUGAGAUCCAAUCCUGCAAGCAUCGCUUGUUUCCCUAUUAUAUCCUGGAGAAGUUGCAGAGUGUUUUUGACCUGAGAUGGGAAAGAUGAAAUUAAACUUUCACGUCAUGAUUGCCCUACUGUCGACAAGUCAUCUCUGAAUUAAUCAGCAAUGUGAGCUCUCAAUGUGCCAUUUGAUAUCCAAAUGACACUACCGGUGAUGGGGAUUCAGUUGUCCUAUUCUUUAGAGAUUUACCAGUAUUGAUAUGCGGACACUUCACUUGUUUCCUUGUCAUCCUACUCUGCUGAUAAGUUUAAUUUGCAUGUCAUCGACAAGGAAAGGUCUAAUCUGAUUUGUUUGAAGAAGCUGUAGUUGUGAAAAUGCAUGCACUUUGUAGGUUUUCUUCUUUCAAGCGAUGCGAAUCAUCACUUAUCAUGGAAAAGCGGCAUUAGGAUGUCCCCAAAUCUCCUCAAAAGACGCAAAGCCAGAGCUCAUGGCUGUUGCCAUAGCUUGGAGCAGAGUAUACUAUUUUUAGCUUACAAUAGAAGUGCAAAAAUCACAAUCCAAUAUUUGACUAUCUAUUGUAUGCAUCUUUACUGAUUAUCUGGGAUGAAAGUGCCCUCUGGAUUGUGUUAACAUUAAUUAAAUUGGAUAAAGCCAAAGCUGAAAUACUUGUUAAGAAUU